UCAAGAUGGGGACGGGUCCAGCACUUGUUCGACUAAAAUGUACGGAUUAAAAAUGAGUAAACUCGCAACCGAAACCGAAUGAAUACUGGAUUGGGAAACAUGUGAUUUUAGCUCCUUUUCAACUGCUGGAAGCAUGGGGCUGAGGCUCGUAGAUAAGCAAAGCCAACAGAGCCAGAGGAUGGUGAUCUUCGGAGCCAUCUUCCUGCUGAUGACGCUGCUGAUACUCUACAGCUCCAACAGUGGCAACACAGCAAACGAUACGUACAGCCCAUUCCGCAACAGCUACCAUCACUCUGCCAAAUCCACUGACCUCAAGAAAUGGGCUGGCAAGGAGGGCUAUGUGGUUGUCUAUGGCAACAAGAGCAUGACCCUGCACUGCCACGAGUGUGCGCUGGUGACCAGCUCCAGCCACGUCCUGGGCAGUGGUGUGGGGGACGAGAUCGACCGGACCGAGUGCGUGAUCCGCAUGAAUGAUGCGCCCACCACGGGCUUCGAACAGGACGUGGGGAACCGCAGCACGGUGCGCGUGGUUGCCCACUCCAGCGUGUUCCGGGUGGUCCGCAGGCCCAGCGAGUUCCUCAACAAGACCCCGGACCUGGUGGUCAUAUUCUGGGGGCCGCCCACUAAGAUUGGCAAGGAUGCGAAGGGUACCCUGUUCCGGCUGAUCCAGAGAGUCAGCAUGACCUACACUAAUCUCUCUAGCUUCACCAUCACACCCAGCAAGAUGCGCAAGUUUGACAGCCUCUUCCAGAGGGAGACCGGUCGAGACAGGGAAAAGUCGCGAUCGUGGCUGAGCACUGGAUGGUUUACCAUGGUGAUUGCCAUUGAGAUCUGUGACAACAUUCAUGUGUAUGGGAUGGUUCCUCCUAAUUAUUGUGCCCGAAGACCGCAGCCCAAAAGGAUGCCCUACCAUUAUUAUAAGCCCAGAGGCCCAGAUGAAUGUGUGACCUACCUGCAGAAUGAAAAAGGACGAAGAGGUAACCAUCACCGCUUCAUUACCGAGAAGCAAGUAUUUGCUCGCUGGGCCAAGCUCUAUAACAUUACCUUCUCACAUCCCAAGUGGUGACUUCUGGAAGGUGUUGGGUUUGAGUGUUUGGUGCCUUGAAGAGUAUGUGGUAGGAGAAAGGGGUCAAAGGGGUCCAGUGGUGUUGCCCAGACUCUGCAACACCACAUGCACACAUAUUCAGUCCUGGCCCUGAGGCCCUGUAGAUCCAAAUUUGACAGGGAUGUUCAUUCUUCCCUUUUACUGGCCCGACUUUUUUUGACAAACCAACAAAGGAGGUAAACCCAAGGGUUAACAGAGAGUAAUGAGCUGAAAGCGCCUGAGUCAACUGUCCCAUGCAAAGCUACAGUGGGCUUGUGACUUUCAGAAGGAUUGAAUGUUGCAUUAUCCAAAUCUAUCAGAAUGAGAUGGUGUAAAACAAGAGCGGUCUUAUUUUUACUAGCUCUGAAUGUGGACCUUGGGAGUAUCCGGAGGUCAACUGAGAAAAGUUUUGUACAUAAGAGUGAGUCGGUUUCCUAAAGAUGUAUUUUUACAUGUUUAUAGUGGUUUUUUAAGUCCACCGAACAAAAAAAAACGGACAAUGCAUCAUUUACAUUGAGAAAACCCGCACACGCAUCACACCUGCAACACCAGGAGAGGAUUGUUAAUUUCAUUUUUAGAAUAAGUAGACUAAAGAAGUUAUUUGAAGUACCACUAUCACCUUUGUGUACCUCCACAGUAUCUAAUUUAAUUUGCUUAGAUAGCUCCAUCCUCAUCCAGUGAAUUUUACAAAUCAUUACAGUCUUUGUGUAUUAAGCAUAUGCGUGAACCCAUGUGUCUGGUUCUUUAUGAAAGAAAGCAAUGUAAUUUGAUGCCUACGGGAACAAGUACAGCGCAUAUCUCAGCAUUUUAAUUUCUAACGUAGCUCUGCCUCUUUUCACCAUUAAUCAUCAUAUCUAUAGUGUUUGCUAAUAUAUAGUUUAUUUAUCCAACACCCUUACAAAUGUUUGUCCUGAAAAUGCUUCUUUUAGUUUCCGUGCAUACAGAUUACCUACAUGAUGUUGGAUUAUCGCCACACUAUGUCAGACAGAGGGUCGUGAGGCAUGCAGUUCUGUGACAGUUGAAUGAUCUAAAGAAUGUAUUAUUCCCAUCAAUGUAGUAUUUGUGAUGCCAUUUUUGUCAUUUUCCAUCUGAAUGUUCUGUAAUGUGUGAC